AUGUCGUCGUUGCAAGUGCUCGUGCAGCACCCUCUAUACAGACAGCUUCUCAAGUUUGCGACGCAGGCGGACGCCCGGGAGAAGGUGUUGCGGCUCCUGCAGUACCUUGUGCGUCUUGUGCGCAGCGUUGUGUUUCGGCGGGCGCUUUCGCUGUCGCCCGAGUGGGUCCGGCUCCUCCCGGAGCUGCAGACGCAAUUCACGCUGGCAAGAAAGCCUUUGCGGGCGCUGAAACCGUUGGCACACCUCAACGCCUUCUCGGCGUGUGUGUCGGACGAGUUGGCGGACCCGGUGUUGCGGACGGCGGAGGCGGUGAAGCAGGCCGGGCUUGUGCUCUUUUUCUCGCUGGACGUGGUGCAGUGGCUCAAGCUGCUCGGCGUGCUCGGCGGGCGGGGGGUGAACGAGCGGGCGGGGCGGCUCGGCGUGGUGCAGCACGCGGGCGAGUACGCCUCCGCGGCGUGGUGUCUGGCGCUCGCCGGCGGAUUGGUGAAGAACGGGCGGCAGGCACAGGUGCUGGCUGCGAGACGGUGGGCCAAGGGUCCGCGGGAGCCGGGGCAGACGAAGCCGGCGUCUGCGGGUGCAACGGCGGCGCCGGCGGCGCUGUCGGCAGACACGGUUCUGCGGGACGCGGUGAAGAACGCGUUGGACAUGGUGAUUGCGCUCAACCUGUACUGCAAGCUCGGGCUCGGCGACGGCGUGGUGGGCGCCUGCGGGGUGGCGACGAGCGUGCUGGGGCUCCAGGACCUGUGGAACGCGGCGCGGUAG